CAAAUAGUGUAGUCUCUACAUGAUGGAAGGGAUUAAUCAAUAUAGCUUUUAACUUAUGAAUUUGCUUUAUACAUAUUUUGGUAACAGCGCACGUAUUUACUUAAUUUAAAUGUAACGAUGUAUAGUUAGCUGUAUUUAGCUCGUGGAGCACUCACGCGCGUAAUGUCUUCUUAGCCUAGCUCGGCUCAGCUCAGCCUUUUAACGAUAGCUAAGCUGCAUUGCUCAACACAGUUUCAACCGAGAUGUGUGACAACAGGAGGGGGACUUGUACUUGUGGCGUUGACGUCUAGUCGCCAGUGUGACUACGUUACACACCCGCCCGUGCAUGUGCCAUUGUGCUAAACUGCCGUCGGUCGAAUAGGUUUUCUUCGAAACUGGAGCUGCCUCCGGAGCGUCGCCAACAUGUUGAACAUCCCGACCCAGUCGUUCCCUGCGCCGCGCUCCCAGCAGCGGGUCGGUUCGUCCGGCCAGUCCGGGAGGAACAAGGUGGCCUUGAAGCCGGGCCACAGUCUGAUGGACUGGAUUCGGUUUUCCAAGAGUGGGAAAGACCUGACGGGGCUCAGGGGGCGACUGAUCGAAGUCACCCAGGAAGAGCUGCAGAAACACAACACAAGAGAGGACUGCUGGACCUGCAUACGAGGUAUGGUUUACAAUGUGACCCCCUACAUGGACUACCACCCUGGUGGGGAAGAGGAGUUGAUGAAGGCAGCUGGGAUAGAUGGCACCGACAUGUUUGACCAGGUCCAUCGCUGGGUGAACUACGAGUCCAUGUUGAAAGAGUGCCUGGUGGGUAGGAUGGCCACGACAGUCAUUAAAGCUAAGAUCCCGUCUUCCCCACAGACCAGCCUCACCCCCCCUACGUCCAUGGCUGCUCCCACAGAAAAAGACUCCCGGCCGCGGUACGACUGGUUCCAAACGGAUGCAACUGUUCAUCUGGUUGUUUAUGCUAAAAGAAAGAUCCCCAGCUCCGGCUGCACCAUUGUUGACCUGGAGGCGGGGGUUCUCCGACUGGAGGUGCUGCUGGGGAAGAUGUCCUACAUGAUACAUUUACGUCUGGCUGAUGACGUUGAGGGAAAUGUUAAUGUCCACCCCGCCUUCCUCGUGGGGAAGAUCCAGGUCACCAUGCGCAAACAGGCGAAAGGAAAAUGGAGCCGCCUCGGUCAGCCUCUGGCAUUUCACAAUACAUUUCUACGCAAAAACGACAGAGCUCUCCACUAUCGGGACUGCGUGUUGGUGUCCAAGACCGAGGUGAACCACGACACCCACGUGUUCCGAUUGCAACUGCCUCGUGGGACGGUCAUGCACGUGCCCGUCGGAAAACACGUCUACCUCAAAGCCCUCAUUCAAGACACGGAGGUGGUGAGGCCGUACACUCCAGUAGACCAGGACCUGGCGGCCGCCUCCCACCACGUCUCCCAGGAGUCUGACCUCUACCUCAUGAUCAAGGUCUACCCCGACGGAGUGCUCACCCCUCAUCUCAACGGCCUGCCCGUCGGGGGCUGUGUAUCGGUCAGUGGUCCAGAGGGUCCCUUCAGUCUCCGCCCCCUUCGUGAUGUCACACACCUCUACCUAUUGGCAGCGGGCACAGGGUUCACGCCCAUGGCUCGCCUCAUCCAGCUGGCCCUACAGGACGGGGACACCAUCAAGAACACCAAGCUGCUCUUUCUGAACCGACGGGAGGAGGACAUCCUGUGGCGCCGCGAACUGGAUGAACUGGCUGCUGGGAGUGAGAGGUUUCAGGUGGAGUACGUGCUGUCCGAUCCCUGUGAAAGCUGGACCGGCGGGAAGGGAAGGGUGGACGAGCCCAUGCUCCAGAAUUUCCUCAGCAGGCCGGACGGCUCCACGUGUUACGUGUGUGUGUGCGGCCCCACUGCCUUCACAGAGCUCACACUCGGGUUGCUGAAGCAGCAGGGCUUCAGUGAAGAGGAGCUGCACGCCUUCCAGGGCUGAACACAACGCCACCCUGAGAGAGAGAGUGCCUGAGAGAGAGAGAGAGUGCCUGAGAGAGAGAGAGUGCCUGAGAGAGAGAGUGCCUGAGAGAGAGUGUGCCUCUGAGAGAGAGAGAGAGAGAGUGUGAGAGUGUGAGAGUGAGUGAGUGAGAGAUUAAUUUAUAAACCUUUGUUUGUGAACAUUGUAUUUCUAUGCAGCCUCCUCCCCCCCCCCCCCCCCCAGUUACAAAAUCUCAGUGCAGUACAGUUCUUAUGAUUGUGGCCAGUGUGUCUGAAAUAUAAAUUCACGAUAAAAACCAGAAGUGAAAACAUUGUAAAGGUCCGUACGAUCAGUCAAAUAAUACUUAGCCUCAGAGUCUCAUGAAUAAGAUUAUGUAAACCGGUGUAUAUGCAAUAUAUAAAUACAGAAUUGCUUUGAGAGGAUUUUUGAGAGGAUAUUUAUGGAGCCUAUUGUCCCAGGUACAUGGAUGCAGUUGCAGAAGACUUCUUAAUAAAAAAGAAUUCUGGAAAACAUU